GAGCCCUCUACAGGGACGUCAUGCAGGAGAACUACGAGACGGUGACCUCACUGGGAUUUCCAAUUCCCAAACCUGAGCUGAUCGCCCAGCUGGAACGAGGGGAAGAGCCAUGGGUGCCCGAUCUCCAGGCCGGUGAGGAAAGAGAGGUUCUGAGAUGCACCUGCACAGGUGCUGAGAGAGUCGGUGAGAACGUGGAGGGGAAUCAUCAUGAGGAAGUUCCCGGGGAAGUGGAACUGCAGGGGACCUUUGUGGGAAGAGCUGAAGGGAAUUUUUCCCAGUGCUGGGAACAGGGAGAAGCUUGUGGAAAUUGGCACACGUCAGAGAGGCUGAUGGGAAACCACCCAGGGAAGGAAGUGAAUGAAUCUAUUAACUGUGGGGCAGGAGACAAGGAUCCCACAGCCCUGCGGACAAAUCCCAAGGAAGAGAAACCCUACCACUACCUGCAGUGUGAGAAAGGAUUCAUUGUCAGACCACAGCUUGUUACACAUCAGACAAUCCAUGCUGGAGAGAAACCCCUUCAAUGCUUGGUCCCUGGGAAAAUCUUCAAUAUCUGCUCAGAUUUUAAUAACCAUGGGAAAAGCCACAUAGAAGAGAAAUCCUAUCAAUGCCUCGAGGGCAGGAACUGUUUGAAUUCAGCACUAAUUACACAUCAGGUAAACCACACAGGAGGGAGAGCCCACAAGUGCUUAGACUGUGGGGAAAGUUACACACAGCAAUCAGACCUUGUUAAACAUCAGGAGGAGGAGCAAGACAUCAUCUUGGUGAUCCAGCAGCACCUGCAGGGCAGAGCUGAGGCUCUGCACAACCGCCAUUUGCGGAGCCUGGAUACCAUCCUCAGGGGCUGCCUAACAGAGACCCCCACCGUGGAGAAGCUGCAGCACCUCCUGGAGCACAUCCAUCGCUCUCUCCUGGCAAAAAACACCCAGGAGAGAGCCAGGGCCGUCCAGACCAGCGCGGCCCUGCUCCAGUUUGCUACCUCCCUGCCUGGAUUUGACACCUCCUCCACCUUCUCCAAGGCAGGUGAAUUUGUGCUGCAGCUGGGUCUCUGUGCAUACCACCCAGCCAGUGACAUCAGUCGGCAUGCCAAGGGUGGGAUCUCUUGGCUGCACAAGCUCCUGCUCCAGAAGAGGGGGCUCAACACCAGGAAGGCAGCAGACCUGUGGUGCCAGGACGGGCUCCAUGACCCCAAGCACCUGGGAUAUAGAAAUCUGGCCAGGGUGGGAGAGGUCUUCGGAGAAAUAUUCACCGAAGACCAGAAGAGGAGUUUCCUCCAGGCGGGCCUGCUGGCCAUCCACCACCCCCACAACCGCAUCAGCCAUGCUGGCCUGGUGCUGACGUAUUCCAUCGUGGGGGAAGCCGGCCAGCUGCUAGAGGACGAGGGGGAAAUUACAAACAAAAUCAUGGGACAGCUAUUUAAUAUCAGGCUCAUGGGCAAGCUGCCCGACGCCCUGCAGGAGCUGUGCUCCGUGGGGCAGGAUUGAAGGCCCCCCCCCCUCGCAUGACCAGCUCGGACCCCCUGCCGCAGGAUUCCAGCCGGCUGUUCCAAUCCAGGAGGAAAACUGCCACCGAAGUCUCCAAGCACCUGGGCAGUGAAGUGCCACUUAACCCCACUGUGAUGCACAGACCUUGCCCUGGCUGUCUGCACAGGGCUGAAUUUCACCCCUUCUGAGUGUAUUCUAAGCCCCCCCCCCCCCGUGCAUCAUAUGAGCAUUCUUGGGGGCGCAGAUUACAUCAGACCUGCACCUGAAUAAAUAAUAGGGACUGAAAUAUGCAGACACUAAAGUUCUGCAGCCAAAUUCUCAGGAACCUUCCUUUUCAAUAUAGGAUCAGGAUUUUGUUUUGAAUUGUUUUAUUUUUUUAAAAAGUGCUGAGUAGAUGCUACACUGUAAGAAAUGGAAACAGAAGCAAAAACUGAAAGACUGUUACUAAAACCAAUGAACAG